GAAAAUACGACAGCCGGAAGUACGUUUUUUAAAAAUGGCGUCAAUGUACUUUCGCCACGUUUUGUGACUAAAGUUAAGUGUGUUUAUUUACAGAUAAGGCCAAGGCUGUUUUCGUUGUGAAAGUCAGCUGUUGACAUGCAGCGCGUCAACGAGCCUCAUCCACUGUUCGGAGGCGCUCUGUCGGCCGUCCUUCCACAUAGCGCCGCGGACGUGAGCAAGAUGCGGGAGAUCCCGGACAACCAGGAGGCGUUCGUCCACACCCGAACCGACCAGAGUCUCAUCGUGGAGCUGGUUGAGUACCAAGACCACGUCGCGGACCAUGACGCAGCCCGGCACCACUUUGAGGACAUCGCGGGUAGCAACGCAGCCUCGCAGCCCGACGCGCAGCAGGUGACGGACGUGGUCGCCUUGCCCAAAUCGUCACUCUCCCUGUCGGCGUGCAGCUCCGCUUGGGUGCUGACGGGAAUCCAAAGCGUGUCAAAGUAUAAUGAGACUGCGAGGAACCGGGUGAAGCUUCACCUAGGCGUGUUCCGACUGCCGCAGUUCGGCACCGACGUGCUGGUGACGUUCAACGACCCGCAGAUCAUCUGCCCCGAUAGUAGCAGCAUUCCCGCGGCUGUGGGACCCGGCGUAGAGCCGUGGACUGUGGAGAACUUCCAGGAACUGCUACAAUCCCUGACUCUGCAUAACCCAGGACUGUUUGGCUAAAAGGUUUGGGUCUAGAAACUUAUGGACCGCGAGAGCAAAUCAAGCAUGUUAUUGCAGUUCAGUUUGGGCUGCAGACCCCAGCCGGCACCAUCCAGCCUGAACAAUCAUCAUCGUCCCUGGGCUGUAAUCUGCUGCUCUCAUCAGGCCUCUGGAGCUUCUCUUGUGUGAUUUAUGCUCCUUUAAGGUUGCAUCUUUUGUGCUUGGAACUUACAUUGCAACCGGAAAGUAUUCACAGCCUUUUGCCACAAUUUG